AUGAUUGCGGGCCGAAACACCAAUUCAGUUAUCAAUAAAUGCAGCAUGGACGAGCGUGCGCCAACGCAGCCUGGCCUCCACGCCGACGGGCAGCGCCAAACUCAAGUUGUUGGAGCGAUGCAGCGCGCGCGGCAAGAGGACCAAAAGCUCUCAUACGACCAACAAACCACGAGCGAUCCAGCAACACCGUCAUGGUCAUUGGAGGCUCACCUUCGUGGCGCGCGGCAGAUCAUGGAGGCAAGCUCUCUGACAGAAUUCAAUGGUAGCGCGCUGAACGCGAACAGCAUGAAGGCCGCACUACCUGCGAUACUAGCCUCUGGGACUGUAUACCCUCCCUGGGGUUCGGGGUGGAAACUGGUGGCGCAGCAGACGCAGCAGCAGCAGCAGCAGCAGCAGCAGCAGCAGCAGCAGCAGCAGCAGCAGCAGCAGCAGCAGCAGCAGCAGCAGCAGCAGCAGCAGCAGCAGCAGCAGCAGCAGCAGCAGCAGCAGCAGCAGCAGCAGCAGCAGCAGGAGCAGCAGCAGGGGCAGGGGCAGGGGCAGGGGCAGGGGCAGGGGCAGGGGCAGGGGCAGGGGCAGGGGCAGGGGCAGGGGCAGGGGCAGGGGCAGGGGCAGGGGCAGCAGCAGAUGCAGAUGCAAGCGCAGCCGCAACAGCAGAAACAUCAGCAGCAGAAGGAGGGGCAGUGGAAGGGGCAGCAGCAGCAGCAGCAUCAGCAGCAGAAGGAGGGGCAAUGGAAGGGGCAGCAGCAGCAGCAGCAACCGGGGCAGGGACAGGGACAGGGGCAGGGGUUCAUGCACCUGCUUACCAGACCCUUGGGAGCUGACCAGUUUGGCCAGGGGCAAACACCGCUGGUGACACAGCCCUACAGUCAGUCCAAGGAUGUCCCCUCAGUACCAGCUUCGGCGUUAGUUCCGAAAGUGCCCCUGCCAUUCCACCCGCACGCGCAAUGGGUGCAAGACACUCUGCAUCUAGACCAGAUUCAACAGCAGCAGGGGCCACAGCUACAAUUGGAGUCUCAGCCGGUGCAGCAGCCACAAGGGCAGCUCAGGUUGGACCAACUGUCAGCGCAGCUACAGCCACUACUGCAGGGACAGACGCAAGCCGUCACAAAAGAUAUCGAAAGCCAAUCCUCUCCGGAGUCCACACGCAAGCGCACCAUACGCAGCCGGAACUACACCCAACCAGGGAAGUACCGUGGAGUGAGGAAGCGAGGCGAGGGUCGGUUUAUCGCCGAAAUAAAAGACACGACUUUCGGUGUGCGCAAGUGGUUGGGGACGUUUGCCACUGCAGAGGAAGCUGCCCUGGCGUUUGAUCGAGCCGCGGUGCAGAUUCGAGGGAAGAAGACGAAGCUUAAUUUUCCAGAGUUGAUUCUGGGGGGCGAAGGAACCGCUGGGCAGGAACCUGCAGCACAAGCGAUAAUGAAGAACGAGGAAGCUUCUGCAGAGAAAAUUAUGGAACCCCCUUGUAACCUGGAGGGGAGGAUGUCUGCCGAGCCGGUGGCAGAGGGGGCAGCUGGGCGAUUGGGUGAAAACGGAGUCUGGCAAAGUGCGUAUGGAGAGGCAAUUGCUAUGGUUGCACAGGCAGCAGGUUGCAAAGCUGUAGCUACAGCACAAGCGAUAUCGGACACAGACGUGGUUGGGCUCACGACCUGUGCAGACAGCAGCACUGUCAGUGGAAGCAGCUCGAGCAGAGCUGGCCCUUCCACCUCGUCUGCCUCCGCGCCUGCAUCCAUCCUCUCCAUCCCUCCGGCCAUGUUUCUACCUGGAGAGCCGUGUUCUGCAGCCUUGGAGCACGAUGGGCGUUUCACUAAGGGCAUAGACAGCAUGCUGGUUGCCGAUGCUGGUGCUGGUAAUGGCCGUGUGAAGGAGGAAUGCAGGCAGGAGGAAUUUUUUCUGGAAGAGGUGAACAGUGGAGGUUUAGAGGUUGUGCAUGGAAAGGGAGUAGCGGAGAAGGAGAAAAUGGAUCUUGGAAGUGAAAUCAGAUCCGAUGGAGAAUUUCGCUUAGAAGAUUUGGAUUUCUAUUUCCAGUCGCCUCACCCACUUCAUUCACAGCUCCAGUUUCCAUUGGCGUCAAUGCAGUCACCACAGACGCACGGGGGAUGGUUGUGGCAGGGGCAGCAUGGCCAGCAGCAGCAGCAGCAGCAGCAGCAGCAGCAGCAGCAGCAGCAGCAGCAGCAGCAGCAGCAGCAGCAGCAGCAGCAGCAGCAGCAGCAGCAGCAGCAGCAGCAGCAGCAGCAGCAGCAGCGGCACCAGCAGAAGCAGCAGCAGGUGGAGCAGCAGGUGCAUCAGGAGCAACAACGCCAACAGAUGGUGCUUCAGAAGCAGUCGACGCAGGACGAGAAACCACCUCAGCAUAUUCCUGCCGCCUCACACCCGCUACAGUCGUGGGCUAUCACUGCUGCCAUGCCUCUCUCCGCAGCCAUGGCUCACCGCAGCAGCCCCCCACGCCAAGGCAUGUCAAGUCAAGCAAUGGAGGGUCAGCUGAGUGAAGGGGCUCAUCAUCUCGUCGCUGCGCUGGAGGCGACGUUUCCCGGGCUACCAGACCAUGCAGACAAGCAACGGCCACCACAAGAGCAUGGGGCGUCUCCAUAUGAUGCAAUGGAGAAUGAGGUCCUCGAUGGUAUCAUGCACACUGGAGGGCUGCUGCGUGAGAUGAAUCAGCAACACGUGCAUGAAGCGGUGUUGGGACCGCCAUGGGAUGAGCCGCACAGUAGCACAGCAGUGCAGGCGGCAUGGGACCAAUCUGCGAGUGGAUGGAGCACAGAAGCAGUGGGGAGUUUGGUAUUGAGCGAUGCAGACCCGUUUGAAGCGCCUGAGGCACAAGCCAUGGACGAGCAGUGGCACAGUGACGUGCAGUUCACUGCUGUUGGCAUGCCUGGUCCCUCUGCCCCUGUUGAACAACGCCAACAGCUGCGAUUCCAGCAGCAACAGCCGAACAGUCAGCAGCAUGAUCACCAGUAG